GUAAUAUAUCGCUUUAUUUUUUAUGGAAAUUUUAAUUUUUUAGUACAUUAUUUUAUUAAAUAUUAUAGUAUAUUUUUUUAUCAAUUAUUAUUUUAAAAACUCUGUUUUUAAAUUUAUAAAUUGAAUUGAUAUUAUAUAUUUAUCACAUACAUAAUUCUAAAAGAGAAUUAAUUAAUUACUUUUGUUUUUUUAAUCCCGGUCACAUAGGAUUGCGAAAGCAGCUACGUCAGAACGUAUCGAUUGUAAGGCGCGGUGGUUCACGCAUGCGCACGUGAGGCAUUUGCGAUUCCUACUUUUUUAACGUAAACAGUCCUUUCUCGUUCAAACGGCCUUUAGUAUCAGCAAUAUAUUUUCUUUAUCCGAAUUUGUAACUUGUUUCUUUUGAUUUUUUUUUAUAUCUAUUUAAGAUCAAGUAAUUGAGUAACGAAACGUUUGGAAAUCUUUGUGCAUUUAUAUCAUCAUACAGAUAUAUGCCCGGUUCUUACUCGAAAGAACAGUCAGUUACGUCGAAGCAACAGAUUGUUAUGUGAACAAGGAAACCGGUGCGUAUAGGAAUGUAAUUUACCGUGAACGGACCGGAAAAAGAAGAUAAAUUCCGGUGAUAGAUAUCAAAAACGUAGAUUGUCGAAUAAUAAAAUGGUUCAUGUGGAUGGAUAUAUUCCUUUUUCUACUGGUGGCCUACCAAAAAGUCCAAGCUUCCACCAGGGACUUGCCUUGGCUACUGCUCUAUCUCGAGAAUCGAAUAAACCUUACUUAACCAACUUCACUUCGCAUUAUCAACCAUUACGACCCCUAUUAAUCGAAACGCAACAAGGAAACGAAAGGGAAGAACUUUUCAUCCAGAAAUUACGUCAAUGUUGCGUGCUGUUCGAUUUCGAGUCCGAUCCCCUUUCGGAUUUAAAAUGGAAAGAGGUAAAGCGUACCGCUCUGAACGAAAUGGUCGAAUAUGUCACCAAGAACAAAAAUGUGAUUACGGAAGCGAUAUAUCCUGAGGCAGUGAAUAUGUUCGCAGUGAAUCUUUUUCGCACUCUUCCUCCAUCAUCAAAUCCAAACGGAGCUGAAUUUGAUCCGGAAGAGGAUGAGCCAACAUUAGAAGCGGCCUGGCCUCAUUUACAGCUAGUUUAUGAAUUUUUCUUACGAUUGCUUGAAUCUCAGGACUUUCAACCUUCUAUCGCUAGACGUUACAUAGAUCAAAAAUUUGUAUUGCAACUUUUAGAGUUAUUUGAUUCGGAAGAUCCACGAGAAAGAGAUUUUUUAAAAACAACGCUUCAUAGAAUUUAUGGAAAAUUUUUGGGUCUCAGAGCGUAUAUCAGAAAGCAAAUAAAUAAUGUUUUUUAUCGAUUUAUAUACGAAACCGAGCAUCAUAAUGGUAUUGCUGAACUUCUUGAGAUUUUGGGAAGUAUAAUCAAUGGAUUUGCAUUACCAUUAAAAGAAGAACAUAAAGUAUUUCUAUUGAAGGUGCUUUUACCUUUACAUAAAGCUAAAUCGCUCUCUGUAUAUCAUCCCCAAUUGGCGUAUUGCGUGGUUCAAUUUUUGGAAAAAGAUCCGUCGUUAACUGAACCUGUUAUUAGAAGUUUGUUGAAAUUUUGGCCAAAAACACAUUCUCCGAAGGAAGUAAUGUUUUUAAACGAACUCGAAGAAAUUCUUGAUGUAAUCGAACCUGCGGAAUUCCAAAAAGUUAUGGAUCCGUUGUUUAGACAAUUAGCGAAAUGUGUAUCAUCUCCGCACUUUCAGGUCGCUGAAAGAGCUUUGUAUUACUGGAACAACGAAUACAUAAUGUCACUUAUAUCGGAUAAUUAUUCAGUCAUUCUACCAAUUAUGUAUCCAGCAUUCUAUAGAAAUUCCCGAAAUCAUUGGAACAAAACUAUUCAUGGGUUAAUAUAUAAUGCAUUAAAGCUUUUUAUGGAGAUGAAUCAGAAAGUAUUCGACGAGUGUACUCAACAGUAUUAUCAGGAUCGACAAAGAGAAAGAAAACUUAUGAAAGACAGAGAUGAAGCGUGGAUGCGCGUUGAAGCUCUGGCAAUGCGACAUCCAAAUUACAAUGCGACUAUAAAAGGUAUUACGAAUACAACAAUUGGCACAAUAUCGCAACAACAAUUGGACAGCCCUCCGCCCGAUGAAGAUGGUGAUACAGAUCAGACACCACUUACAUUGGAAAAAAUAGAAGCGAAAGCAAAUGAGGCAAAAAAAAUGACGAACUCUAAUAAAACAAAGCCACUUUUACGGAGGAAAAGCGAUUUACCCCAAGACACGUAUACAAUGCGGGCAUUAUCUGAUCAUAAACGUGCAGAUGAAUAUCUCGUUACGCCACCGGAUCCUAAUAAUUGCUAGUCUCUACCGCAAUCUCUUCCCAUGUAUCCUCUCUUUUGCUGCAGUGAUUUUGGGAGUUAGCUUUUUCGAAGAGAGAACUAAAACAGCGAUGAGUCGAAUCUAAUCAAGCGAUCAUCACAUUCGACGACAACCGCCUGCAACAGAGUUUGAUCAUAUAGAGAAGUCAACAAUGUCGUAAUCCAAUCUUCCCUACCCUUCGUCUUGUAUCAGUAUUAUCGAGAUAUAUAUUCUAAUAUUUUUCUUCGUAUCUCGAUAAAUGAAAAAAAAAAAAAAAGCUUUCUCUCACUGCACCCAGCACAUUCGGAAGAUGUAUCCAUGUCCGUAGUAAUCUAUAAAAAGAAAAGAAUGCUGAUAACUUCCUAUAUACUCUUUGAGUUAAUUUACAUAAGAUAUCGCGAGAAUUAUGAAAAUAUUACAUACUCGCUAUCAAAGAAAUUAAAAUCAUGAGAUGUAAAAGAAACCUAGAGAAUAAGGGUCCUAAGUGUGUACAUAUAUACAUAUAUAUAUAUAUACACACGCGCGUGCGCGCGCCCACACACACACAUACACACACACAUACAGAUAUUUUAUAAAUUGUAGAUUUCUUGUAUAUGGAGAAAUCUAUCGCUGACAAUAAGACAAUUUUCUCAUAUUCGUAAAUACACCUUUACAUUUUCAAAUUAUUUAUAUUCUAUGUAUAAAGGAUAUUUAUUGUUUAGAUUAAUAUACAAAGUCUUGAAUUUAAAUCUCACACAAUUUAUCUUUAAAGAUCCGAAGAUUCAAUUCAAUAAAAGAGGUUGUCUUGCUUUUGGCGGGGGAUUUUCUUCAUAUUAUAGAAAUUUAUGAUUUAUUGAACACCAUUUGCAUAGGAUAUAUUGCCAUGAGUGAAUACAAAUUUAUCACUUGAUUUUGGGAAUAAUUUUGGCAUUUUAUUUAGAAGAAUUAAAAUUAAUUAUUUAUUUAUAUUUUAUAUUUAUUUAUAUUUUUAUAUUAUAUUUUUAAAUGAAAAAGAAUAACUUCUUGUAUUUAUAAAAUAUAUGGAAGAAGUUAUUUUUUUCAAAGUUUUCUAAUUAAAAUAAAUAUGUUUAUUCAAAAAUGUUUAGGUAUUAUUUAAGCAUUAUAUCAUAUUACAUUAUUUGGCAAAAGUUAGGAAUUUUUUUACGUUAUUUAAUAAAUUUUGAGAGUACUUUUUGCAUAAUAUUUUUUUUCCAAGUUUUUUUUAUUCAAAGUCUGUCUUCGAAUGAUAAAUUAUUGUUCACUCACACUAUAUAUCCUGUACUCUAAAUAAACAAAAAAAUUUUAUACGAAUUCGAAAGAAGUCAAAAAAGAAUGGCCGCGUGCUUGAUGUUGUAAUAAUAAUAACAAUAAAAAAAGAAAACAAAUUUUAGUAUGAAGUUUGAGGCGUUUACUCUUCUGGGCGAGAUUUCCACUGAUGCGCAAACGACAGAUAUUUAAUAAUACACAAGUGAUAUAUAGCUGCUUCAAACGCUAUCAGCUCGUAAUUAGCGGCAAAAAAAAAAAAAAAAAAAGAAAAAAAGAAAAAAAAAGAAAAAAAAAAAGAAAAAAUUGCAAAAAGAAGUGAAAAGUCGUUUUAGAGUUUAGAUGAACGUGAUAGCACUAUUUUAGAAUAUGGAUUGUUAUAAAUCUAAAUAUUCCUGAACGUACUACUUUUAUAUCUGUCGUGCCUAGAUGCCUGUGGAACGCAUUCGCAAGAAUCGCCUCUGCCAGAGGCCUAUAAUUAAGAAUCGUUAAACAAAAGGAUAAAAAAAAAAAAAGAAAAAAGAAAUAAUAAGCAACGAGUUAUAUGUGACGUUACCAAAUGGUGUAAUCGCAUUACGAAUUUUUUCAAGAACGCUUACAAAAAUGUUGUGUUGUUGCACUGUCAGUUUCAUGGUUCAAAAGAAAAAAAGAAAAAAAAAAAGAGCAACAUUGUAUACUAGUUUUUUGCUGGCAAAGAAAAACAAGGGGGAAAAAAAAUGAAGAAUUUGAAAAGUUUAAGAGAAAUUGGGGAGAAAUUGAAAGAAUUGGAGCGCGAGCGGGAAUUAAACGUGUGUGACACCUGUUGGUUGAUCAAAUGUGCCCUCAUCAAUUUUACUUAGGCGUUUUCGCUAUUUCCUCAUGUUACUCCUGUUUAUCGGAGUUUAUGGAGAUUCCAUUUCCAUAUAAAUAAUAAAAUUUAAUGAGACAAAAAGAGCGAUCCAAGCGAAAUAUCUUUUGUCUUUGCGCUGCUGGCAGACUGUUAUGUUUAAACAUUGUAAGGGAUGAACUUGUUGAAAGAUACGGUUAGCACUUAUUAUUAAACGAAAAUUAAAACCAAAUGAGAUAAAUAUAAAAGAAAAAAAGAAUUAUUUACUAUUUAAUCAUCCCUUCAGAAGGAGAAUGGCUGUUUUUGUUAUGGAAACCAUUAAACAAUAUGAGUAUUCUUGUCGAUUUUUAUUAUCAAGUGCAGUGUAAUCUCGAUGAACCUCGUAAAUUCGAACGAAUUUGUUUGGAUCAUCGAUUUUAUUAAAAACACUGUAUUUUACGCAACAUAUAUUUAAUAAUAAAAGUAUUUUUAGUAAAACUUUUCAUCAUGAAAUAGGUUUACAUUUUUCAGUAAUAUACCUAAUUAAAAAAUAAGUAAUUAAAUUGCAUUUACUGCAAUUGUGAAUAUAGUUUUUAUUUUUUUCUUUAAUUUCAUAUCUUUGUACCUGUAUGGAUUAUCUAAUAUGGACUAAUAUGGAUUAUCGGGAUUACAUUGUAUUUUUCAAUCGUUGAAGUCAAUCUAAAAAAAAGAAAAAAAAAAGAAAAAAAAAAAGAAAAAAAAAAGAAAAAAGUAGAUAAUAAUGUUUGAGAGAAAUGUCUCUCCGAUAAUGCAUGUUUUCAAGUUCCGUCUCUUAUUGCAUCUAUUCUUUCACUUAUAUCAUUUAAGAUACAUCUUUAAAAUUUACAGAUUUCAUUGUAGAUCAGAAGAUCAUUCGAGUUUCUUGUGCUUAAAUUUUCAGAAGACUGUUACUGGCUCAUCGUUGGUUGAGUAUUAUCGACUUUUUCUGACUUCCGCUUUCGUAUUGCGCCAAGCUUAAUGAUAAACAACAAACAAAAAAAAUGAUUAAAUAAACAAACAAAAAAAAACAAAAACAAAAAAACAAAAAAAAAACGAAGAAAAAGAAAGAAAAAAGGAGAAAAUGAAAUUUGAUUUCAUUCGAUGUAGGUUGUUCUUUGUAACUCUGUAUGGGUUACCUCGAGUGAGUUUAAAGAUUCAUUUUCAGCAAUGUUUUAUACGUUUUUUAUGAUAAGAAAGUCAGCCAACAAUCGAGUAUUUUGUAGGUAGAAAGAUAAACAUAUGCGAUGAACGAUUUAAUUUAUGUAAGGAAGAGCAAGGAUAUCCUAAUAGAAAAGGAGAAAUUAUUAUUAGGCAGCUUUUGAAUCUCUAAAAAUGUCUUUGUUCUUCCUUAUAUAAAGUUUUACGAAUUUAAGAGUUAUUCAAUAAAAAAUAAAAGCAAAAAAUGGUAAUAAAGAAAAUAUUCAUAUGUACAGUGACUUGCUUCGAACUUAGAGAUAUAAAUCUACGUGUACAGAAUGGAUGGGACAUAUACAGAACUGUGUAUCAAUGUUCAAUCAAUUACAAAAUUUUUUUAAUGAUCGCUUGUCCGGUCGAUUCGAUUCCAUGCAUGCAUAUAUUCCUUUACAAUUUGUUGGAAGCAUAAUUUUAUAAUAAAUAAAUCAUUAUAAUGAAACAAAAAA